GGUGGGUGUGCGAGGAUGGUUGGCUCGGUAGGCGGUGGUGAGGAUCGGGAGUGGAAGGGAAAGGAGGAAUAAAUGGGGACCGACGCAGUCCUGUCGGGAGCGUCACAGCGGGCAGACGCUCACCACCGACGCUUCUCUCGCUCGCCUCGCCUCGCCUCGCUCAUUCUCUCUCCCUCCCUCCCCCUUCGCUCUCUUAACCACCAUCUCGUCAUCUCCAUCCAGCAACAGCCGAGUCGCGAGACGGACCAUCAGCCUCACCCUAUCGGUUGCUCGGAUACGCGUGUGGCCCUUGUAUUUGCCUGCCGAAGGCGCAAUCCCUUGCUCCGUUGUCUCGGUUUUUGCCGCCUCGUGUACGCGGCUGUGUAUUCCCUUUGUUUUUUUUUUCUUUUUUAAUUAUACAUUUGUCUAUCUUUCUCUUUUUCUCUGUUUCAUAUUUCUGUUCCUCCUUUCAAUUACGUUUCCUUGGAAUCUAUUCUCACCGUUGAAAUCUACCUUUAAAAUCCUGUCGUUUUAUUACGUUUCUCGUCAUUUCGAUUCUUACCUAAGUUGCCGUAAUUCCCAACGAAGCAGCCGAAAUGCGCUCUCGAAACCGCUUUCGGUGGCCGCGUGAUUCUUCACGGAGAUUAUCAGUGAACUUGUGAUGCCACGGACCAACAGUGUUUGAGAAAAGAGAAGAUACCAACCGCUGCCUAAUGAAGGGACGAUCGCUGCGAAUCCUAGAACACUGGCUAUCGACCGGUGAUCAAGGCGAAGAGCAAUUCGUAUUCCCCCGUUGUGUUGUUCCCUCCGUCUCGUCCACGACGCCGCUCGAACUGUCACGAAUCAGACGCGCGGUUGUCCCAUGGUGAAUUUCCAUUUACCUCGACGAACCGAGUGUACCCGCGAUCCAGAUAUCGUCGAUCACUGCCCUGGUGCACGAGCCUGCAGCCGUGCGUUCACGAGGGAAUCACCAGUGACAUUUCAGAGGGCGAACCAUCCUGAAGACCGAGAGGACGAAGACGAGGAAAAGGACGGCGCCACCCUGGGUUUCCCGCCGUCUGGUCAGGGAGUGUAAAAUCUCUGCGAGCGAUCGCGAGGCGCGGACGCGCGCGUUAUAUCGUGCGGGUCGAUAAAAUUCUAAAAUAUUAACGAGUAUCGGCGCGGUCGCGGGACACGUUCCACGCGAAUCGAACAGUGGAAUCGUGUGCACGGCUGGCAUUGAGAGCCAGCGCGAUAACGGAGAAGAAAAGAAGGAGAGGUGAACGCGGAGAACGGAUCGAUAUCGCCCGGUGUCGAAAGCGAUUCGCGAUGCCGGACCGCAGUUAGGGAGUCGGAUGAAAGUUGAAGCAGGACGAGACGAUCGAAACGUACCACCAUUGAAGGGGUAAAGAAUCGCAUACUUCGGGCAGAAAUCGAAGAUUGCCGCUCUUCAUCAACCGCGACAACCACCAAGUGAUUCCAGCCCAUUGGCCUAACGUUACUGUGGAGUUGUAAAGAGGGAAUAGAUACAUGAUGAAUAACGUGGUGAAUAUUCGCGCGCUUUUAAAGGGGACGUGAAUAAUCUGUAGUUCGUCUAAGAUUCAAGAGGAUAACGAAAGUUCCUCUGAGAUUCGAUGAACCACCCGUCUUACUAGCGUUCAUAAUUGACGUGUCCCGUUCGAUCGAACGAUGAACGGUGAAAACACAGCCUUAAACAUGAGUGAAACAGUGAAUCCUGCUGAUAAACGAUUACAAGCCGCGAUGCAACAAACGGAACGCGGUACGUUUAGUGAAGUGCAUCCUGGCAAACAAACAGAGUUACCGCGUUACAGUGCCAGCGACAUCCCGGCCUCGGCGGACCUGACUUGAGGAGCCAGGCGAACAAACGUAGAUGUCACUGAGAAGUUACGGAAGCCAGUGUCGACACUCUCGAUCCCGGGGGCGAUGAAGAACAGCGGUGGCGUGGCCGGUGGGGGCGGUGUGGGGGGCGCCGGGGGUGGCGCCGGGGGUGCUGGUUGCGGUAGCGGUGGCGCUACCGGAACCGGCGAGGACGCCGCUAUCGCCCUGGUCGGCGUCCACUCGGAGUACCCACGGUACGUGGACGACCGCGUGCUAGCCGGCGGUGGCCAGGUUAAAAGACCAUCGGGCAGCAUAGGACCGGGCUCAAAGCACAAACCGAACGUUGGCUACCGGCUCGGCAGAAGGAAGGCCCUGUUCGAGAAGCGGAAACGCAUCAGCGACUACGCGCUCGUCAUGGGCAUGUUCGGCAUUAUCGUGAUGGUCAUCGAGAACGAACUGUCUAGCGCCGGAGUCUACACCAAGGCCUCGUUUUACUCGACAGCACUGAAAACCCUGAUCUCUGUGUCUACUGUGAUACUGAUUGGCCUCAUAUUUGCAUACCAUGCCUUAGAAGUUCAGUUGUUCAUGAUCGAUAACUGCGCGGACGAUUGGCGGAUCGCGAUGACCUGGCAGAGGAUCGCGCAGAUUUCACUCGAGUUGUUAAUCUGUGCGAUCCAUCCGAUCCCAAGGGAAGAUUAUUUCCUGUGGACGACCAAGCUGGCAAACAAGGGCGGUAACAUCGGUUCGACAUGGGUGCCAUACGACGUCAUCCUAUCGCUGCCGAUGUUCUUCAGACUCUACCUCAUCUGUCGCGUUAUGCUGCUGCACUCGAAGCUGUUCACGGACGCCUCGUCGCGCAGCAUAGGGGCCUUGAAUCGUAUUAACUUCAACACCAGAUUCGUCCUGAAGACCCUGAUGACCAUCUGCCCGGGAACCGUGUUGCUAGUCUUCAUGGUCUCCUUAUGGAUCAUCGCCUCGUGGACGUUACGCCAGUGCGAGAGGUUUCACGACGAGGAGCACGCGAAUCUCCUUAAUGCUAUGUGGCUCAUUGCUAUCACGUUUCUGAGCGUCGGUUUCGGUGACAUCGUGCCCAACACGUACUGCGGUCGAGGUAUAGCCGUUUCUACUGGAAUAAUGGGCGCCGGAUGUACGGCCUUGCUGGUGGCGGUUGUUUCCCGAAAGCUGGAGCUCACCAGGGCGGAGAAGCACGUUCAUAACUUCAUGAUGGAUACGCAAUUAACGAAAAGGUUGAAAAACGCCGCGGCGAACGUGUUGCGCGAGACGUGGCUAAUUUACAAGCACACUCGGCUGGUGAAGCGUGUCAAUCCGGGACGUGUUCGAACGCAUCAGCGGAAAUUCCUGCUGGCUAUAUACGCACUCAGGAAAGUGAAAAUGGAUCAGCGAAAAUUAAUGGACAAUGCCAACACCAUCACGGAUAUGGCCAAGACGCAGAACACAGUGUACGAGAUCGUGUCACACAUGAGCACGCGUCAGGACGGACUUGAAGAACGUCUGGUGAACCUGACGGACCAGUUGGUCUCCCUAGAAGAGAAACUGAGCGGUCUGCAGACCCAGCUGGAUCUGCUGCCAGAGGAGUUAACCAGAUGCUUGGCUCAGCAUGCCGAGCGUAUAGAGCAGAGGCGAAACUUCCUUCACCCGGAUACCGCAGUCGCGAUGGCGUCGACUGGAGGCGGUGGUAGCGGUAUCCCAACCGGAAAUAGCUUAUCAAUGGGCGUCUCCGUGUCCGCUCAUCAUCCUCUGGCCAAUCUGUCAAACUCGCUGCCACACUCCAGGAGCGUCCCAAGCGCGCCUAGCACCACAUCCCUUCACCCUUGGCCGGCCAACUCGAUCCUACCGCCAGUUUCGAGUCGUACGCCUCACCUGGUGCCUGAAACCGGAAGGCAUCACAGUCUGGCACAUUCCACGGUGGCCACGACCACGACCUCGCAGUCGGCCACUAGGUUCGCCUCGCAAUCUGGAAUGGGAGGACUGGGCAACAGUCAGGGGUCCGAUACGUCUCCACACAGCUGAGUCUCGUCUUUGCAGCCGCAGCACUCGUAUUAAAAUAGGACAUGAACGUAUGAUUCGAUGUCCUGAACGACGCUCGCGUAUCAUUGAGUCCUUUCCCUGCGGACCGAUUCUCUAGUCUCGUUGUCUGUAAAUCUACGUCUGUUCUGUCUGUUUGCUAAACUCUUUCGAGGAUGGGAAGCUUCUCCAGGUCCAUCUUCGAGUGUACUGUGAAUUCGUUGACCAGUGUCCGCGAGCCACACGAAUAGUGGUAGGGUCGUGUUUGAUUGAAGAAAGUUUAACAUCGGCUUGGCCGUGAGGCGAUAUCGAUCGUGUCGAUAUUAUGUGUAUAAAUGUUGUCUAGAGUGUAAUGUAUUUAAUUUAUUAAUUGGUAGGCAAUUACCAAAUCGGUUUGCGUAUAGCGAACGUUAUGUUUAAGAUAUUCCUUUCUUCAAAUUAAGUUUCGUGAUUUUAACGGCAUCCUUGAGAAUUCAGAAGUAUAUCGAUGCGAAGAAAUCCUGUGGGCAACCUAAAUAAGUGCUCCACUCCUUUGCAAACUACCUGAAGGAAUUGAUUUCAGAUAUACUUGGACGUCUCAGUAUCUGCAUCCGUCGUAGCUAAUUCAAACAUCCAUUUGUUUUAAUUACGAAUCGAAUCGAUACAUAAAGACAGUAUCGAAUUCGAUAUUUCUAACGAGCCAAAUAACGAAACUUCGCGACCAUCGCUGAAUAAACCGACUCACCUACUUUUAUAGCCGCAGAUAAAACGAAAGUCUUGCAGUAGCAUCAACGACGGGUCCAAUCCUCUUCCCGAUUGACUGUGUUUUCUUACGUCAAAUGAUACCAAAAAAAAAAAAGAUACUAGAGAAGGAAACCGUGCACGUGGGCGAACAUACAACACACAACAUAUGUGUACAACAAGAGGGAAAAUCGAUCGAAAGUUUCGUGAUGGAGAUUCAAAGAGGCGUGCGUGGACGAAAGGGAGGGACUCACGGACGCGAGCGUCCACUUCCAAUUGCUGCGAGCUGCUCCCCUGCCCAACUUGCGUGCCUGAAAACUUUUUUCUUAAUGUUUAAAUAUAUAUUCGACACACACGAACUCCAUCUUAUCUCUGUAUACCUCGUGAAUAAAAAAAAGGAGGGAAAGAGGAGAAAAAGAAAGAAGAAGAAAAAGGGACGUGGACAGGCACAAGGUGUGUUUAACGUUUUACGUGUAAUGUGCGUGGAGAACGUCUCCCCUCGAUGAGGACAAGGGUGGCUCUUAAGCUGGACGAACGCACAGCGAACGUCACAUGUUAGAAUGAAAAGUUUCAAACUCGUUUACUAGGGAAAUAUAUAUCGUUUUAAGGAAGGGAAUAUAUACGACAUUGUGUUCGUUUACGUGAAUUUUUGUUUCACUUGAGAUCGCGUGCAAGAAGGUGAAAAGAUAGCGUACAGUAUUUUACGAAUAUUUUAAACUAUACACGCGUAAAUAGGUUUCCAAAUAACAGUUUCUUAGUCGUUUCGAUCCGAAAUAACGAAACGCCUGACAUAUACUACUUGUCUGACUAUCUUCUCCUCUUUGCGAGCUGAUCCUUACGUUUUCUGUCAGUGGACGAAGAAAAUAGAAAACGUAGAAUUCUUCUCCGAGCUGUGAUCAACGUUACGUCGAAAGCUUAUUAAGUACAAUCACGUGGUGAUGUAUCUUGCGUGAAUCAUAGCUUAUAUACACAAAUAUCAAACUUCGAUAUUGUAUUAUAUCUUUCGAGAGAAACAACUUGAAAGAAAUAUCUAAACAAUUUAUAACGAACCGAUUUAUUUAAAGAAGAAAAGAAGAAACUGAAAUUUUGUUACGAUUGGCCAUUUACCCCCCCCCCCCGCCAAUAUUUUUACCUCUUCCCAAUUUUAUGUUAUCGAUAAUGAGUAAACUAUACCAUCUCGUGAUUGUACCUUCGUAAUAUACCUUCCAAAAGACAGCCGAACACAAACGGAGGGAAAGAAAAUCGGGUCAAUCGAGUGAGCGGUGGUUAAUCGAGGACAAAGUAUAUUGUCAACGCACUUCCGUGUUGAAUCACGCUGGACGAGCUUGAAGGGCCACCGAAGAAGCCACGAAGCAAAUGUCCGAAGCUGAUGGAAGGAGAACGCAAAGUGAUCUUAUCCGCUUUAACGUCCGUAGGUUACAUAGGAUAUUAUAUUGUUAGUGUAUACAAAGUGUAUGUACAUGGCGCAUGGGUACAAAGGCUACGUUUCCACCAAAGGGGGAAAUUUUUUUUAUAAACGGUCUACGCACGCCGGUCUACGCGUGUGUGCACGAUGGUCCACCGUAAAUAUUGAUUUUAUCGAAAAUUGUUACCGACGAAAAUGCUGCAGUUCAAAGGGGAUGCACCGUGUAACUUGUUUAAUCGUCUCAAAGGGAUUAUUACACCAAUUCACAAGGGCAAACAGUAUAUUUUCGAAAAAACGAAUUUAUUUCUCGCGAUAGAACAUUGUAAUAAAUUUAUUGGCGUGUUAAAAUAAGAAAAUGUAACCUGAGAUUUACCUUGACCUAUCUUCCUACACUUUGACAAUUUCUUUCGUGUAUCCGAAUCUUUUGGACAUUUGGACGUUCGUGUGAAAGAAACUGCUUUCAGAUGUGUUCAGAAAUUCGAAGUCACGAGAUACUUCGAAGUAUCCAAAAAGUGUUCCGUUAAUUCUUCUCUGAUGAAGGAAAUGAUGUUAGCACGUUUCUCGUUAAGGCAGAAAUAUUUCCACGAAGAAGACGAUAAAAUCAUGGCGACUAAUUAAAAAUGUAAAAAGUAUAGUCGACUCUGAAUCACGUGUUUAUACAUAUUGAAAUUUCUCACGAAAUUAUUUUCUACGAUUUAAACGUCUUUUUAAGAUUGUGUCCAGAUUUUAAAUUACGUAAGUAAAUUCCUUUUCUGCAAAGUUUUAUGAUGAUUUUGAAAUUAUAUCGUAAAACGUAGAACUUUUAAUAACAAGUUUAAUGAUCUCCUGCGAACUGUAUUAUUUUCUUAACAAUAUUUAAAAAAUAAAUAUUUAUAAGAUGGUGCAAUUUUAACUGGACCAAUCCGUGCACUCACAUGAAACCGCCGCCAGAGAUAAGUUUAAUUGAACGAAAUAGGACUAGACAAAUAGAAUGUAAUCAAUUCGCGAACGAAAUCUACGAGACUGCGUGAAACGACACAUAAAACAGGAAGUUGUAACAUACCCCAUAAAACCUCGCUACAUCCUCAUAUAUAGCAGAACUUUAUAUGAACCUAUUUGACGAGCAAUUCAUAUACACAAAGAAAUUCUCUGAUUCUCCCUAUUAUCUAUGAUUCUUCGUUCAAAUAGGAGUUCACAUUUACAAAAGAUUCAAUCGAUAACAGUUCGUUUAAUCGUUCAUUAAGUAAGAUUUCGUUCAAAUAAAUAGACUUCACGUAAACGAAGUUCUAUUGUACCUUAUCCACAAAACACGCAUCCGUUUCCGAGAACAUCAUACUCACAUUUUAAUCAAAAGAGUACAUAUGUUUUUUUUUUUAUUUCAGAAAUGAAUAAAGUCAAACAAAUGCAAUUGUUAUUAUCAUAUGCAAUAUUAAUACGAAAUUCGUAUCGGGUGAAAUUUCGUUCAUUUCGAAAGGUGAAUGAGAAUUCUUCACUUAGCUUCCAUUUCUUUAGUUGUAUUCAUAACGAUAUGAAUUCCAUAAAAAUCCACCAUCUAUACAUAAUUGUAUAAAGGUUCUUCACGUAUAACACACAAUCUUUUACACAGCCAGGAUAUUCGAUUAAAUUACCACUUCCUGUUUGAGUGAGGAUUUCAGUCAGUCCGGAAAGACAGACGCCCUUCCUCGCCGUGUAUGCAUUGUGUGCGACCGUGAAAACUGUUGCCGGUUCUGAGCGGAAUUUAACGCGGCCACGGGUCGGUCGACCUUAUCGCGGUUAAUCCGUCGAGGGUGGCCGAGGUUCCGGUCGCGUGACGUUCGAUCGUUCCCGGGCAAGUCUGCGAAUGCGAUCACACCGAUAUCUCUCGAUACGGAAACGUACCGGACGCGUUACGUUGCCGCUGGCAAUUCAAGUUAAUUACUUUAAUUGAUACUAAACGUUGACGUUAACUACGUGAUCGGGGGAAGGGAAAACGAGAGUACGUUAACGAGCUGCGUCGACGGAAAUAAUCGUGUCACGCGACGCGACGAUUAAUUUCUUCGACGCGAUCACGUAUAUAUACAUGUUAUAUACAUACACAUAUAUAUACAUAUAUAUUAUACACAUACGCACGCACACGGACACACAUACAUGAAAAACAAUAUAACAUACGAGGACAUCGUUAUACAAUGAACGAAUACACGAAUAAUAUACAUACAGAGAAAAACAGAUACCUAUUAUUGAUAACAUAUUAUGAUAUUCGAUGGAUUGUUUCGUAAUAUAUUAUUAAUUUUCGGCGCGGUAAUAACGCGUUGUUAAGUUGUCCAUGCAUUCGACGUGCAGAGAUUCGUUCUAUCCGACGUGAUCAAUCCCGAUGUUGUUCAGACCUCAGUGAAACGAACAUACAGCGACGACGUUAUACACGUAGCGAGGAUAAAGUGGAGAAAAACGAGGUGAGAGAGCGAAAGGAAAGAAGAUAGUAACGAUAAGAUUGUACGAUCAACACGCAGGGAAAAAUUACAGGAACUGCGAAGAUCGAGAUUUUUGGGGGCAGACGGGAUGGAAAGUCUCGAAGGAGAAGGAGACGACGAAGAAGAGAUGCAAAGAGCGGAUCGAUUGGAUAAAAGGGAAAAGGGUCACGUAGCUCUCUAGACAGUUACUUCAAGUUGAAGAAAAAAAAACGCGCACAUAUUCAUUCACACACAUAUAUACACUCGUGAAAGAACAAAAGCUAGUUCCUUAAUCAACGAUGGAAGAAAAGAAGGCUUAUUCUCUGCCCUCAGAAAUAGUCGAGCGUUCAUUCCCGCGAUAAAUGUUGGGACCUGGUUUGUCUUGUCCGUCAUUGUUUCAUUUCGAAAGCGUUGUUUCGCGGCCACUACGAAACGCGAAACGGGACCAAAGAAAAAAAAGACACAAUUGUCACAAAACGUUCUCAUUCCCCUUCUAUCUUCUAUCCUCUUCUCUGGCUGCCUCCAUUCAAUCUCUCUCUCUGUCUCUCUAACUCCUACGAUUCUCUCUUCUUAGCCAAUUCUCUGUUAUCCAUUAUAAAAGUACACCUCUCUAUCUGUCUUCUACCUCCAUACGUCUCCCUUUUUCCUAAUUCCGCUCUACCCCUCCUCCCUCUCUCUCUCUCUUUCUCUCUCUAUACUUCUCUGUCGCGGCUCAACGUACUGGACACGACAACUCCACACGAUAUUUUUAUAUAGAUUUCUUAAAAGUGCAUUAUAGUGCCAGGAAGACCACGCCAAGUUAACAAAAUAAUUAAAAAAAAAAAGUAAAAUAAAAAAACACACACGUAACGUGCAGUCUCAAUAUUGAUUCAUUAGGCGAUAGGAGAUUGAUUCUAUAAGUAUUAUAAUGUAUAAAUUACGGGCUCUUGUGUAGCUAAAUGAUCGUCGAAGUGAUCGACGAAGCGGCGCAUUGGUCAUGAGGGACACGAUCGAGGCGGCUUCAUACAAAAAGAGAAAAAAGGGGAAUGAAAAUUGGAAUUGUUAAAAAAAUCAACGCAUGCUUAAUUAUAGCGAUUUAUAUCGCGGUUUUACGAAGUACGGAAGUGAUCAGAAUUUUAUUCGACCAAAACGUACACGCCAAUCGUUUGUACGACGUUGAGAAUUUUCGAGUGUUCCAGGCUGCGUCGUUCGCUGAUAACCGAAGAACAAGAUUAUCGACGAAUAAAAUUAGACUGACGAGCGCAACAUCGUUGCUUUGAAUCGUAAACUAGCCUCCCACGUAGACAGCGAGCAGCUAGGAUCAAGGAAACUUAUCGUUUCCGGUCAACGAUCGAAAUAAGUUGAAGAUUCCGCGAGAGAUUUCCGCUGAUGAAGGUGAGAAACAUCGAUGGAAAGAUUUAUGGCUGGAUCGUUUGAAGAAACAUAACACGAUAUCUUUUGAAAGAAACGGUAUUCUUUAAAUGCAAAGUUAAACAGCGGCAACGAUCGUUUCUUAAGAGACAGCUGAUAACAGAAUAAUAGGAAAUACAAGAGAGGAAAAUAAGCUACUUGUUGCUUCGUUCACAUUGCAGACGUUGAUAUCGUUUCGAAAAAUAAGUUGCGCCCUUUAUCGACGAAUAAAACAGUGAAUAUCGAUUACAGAAUCCUUCCACGAUUUUAUUUCAACGAGAAAAUACUCUAAAAAUCGACCUAACUUCCGAAAUAAUAACAUCAUCGAGUUAGCAGAAGGUUAAUAAAAGGAGAACAGAGAGGAAGACGAAAGGAAAAUUAUGGAAAUGAAUUCCUUGCCAGAAGCAUGUAAACAUAUCUUCACAGGAAAGGUUUGUUUUCGCAGGAGAAUGGACGGAAAUGGAGGAAAAUGGGGGAUCGACUCAAUGUGAUAACCCGUGAAAAGGACCUUAACCGGCGAUCUAUAUAUAUAUAUUGCCCGAGUGAAAUUGUUUCAUUGAUAACUCUUCCUCACACGUUCAUACACACAAAUAAUUAUAUCGCGUGUGCAUAUGGGACGAAGCGCCUUUGUCCACUCGAAAUAUUUUCGUUAUUUUGAACAAUGCUGACAUAAAUAUUUCCAACGACUCUAUCAAAUAAGUACACAAAGAUUAGUAGUCUUUGUUUCGCUCUAAACGAACAAAUUUUUAAUCACUACCAAAUAUACUUUUUAUUAAGGUUAAUUACAGAGUAACUAAUUAAUUAUAUAUUAUAAUUAAUUAUAUAGAGUAAUUAACGACUAUUCGAUCGUAUUGGUCAGAAUAACAGAAAUAUUUUCAAAAGACAAAGCUCCUACCCCGUCGCAGAUAUGCCGAGAUUGAUUUGUAUGUUUAUACCUGUACAUAUGUGUAUACUAUAUUAUGUAAUAUACACGAUAUUAUAGUAUAUAGUGUAUAUAUAUAUAUAUAUCGAAACAUGUAUUAUGGCCUUUGUUUCAAGCAGAGUUUAUAUACGUAUGUUUAAGGAGGCAAAGGAAGACGCUUUUGUGUUCAGGGGCACAAGUUCCGACAUACACGCACUUACGAUCGCCAUACUUUUGCGCCCGUCGAGUGUUUCGUGAAUGUUUAAAUGUUGUACUUUACAUGUGUACAUAUGUAUUUUGUACGUUCGAUGAGCUCGAGAAUACUGGGCGCAAAGCGUGGUCGAACACCCUGCUGUCGAAAAUAAGGGUGGUCUCCCCUUGUUGCGCGACACACGGCGGUGUACUAUGUUGAUGUUAAUUCGUUCGAGGUCUAAAUUUAUGGUCGUCGAUAGUGAGAAUAAUGCAAACGCUAGUCCCACAAAACAGAAUGUUAUAAAUAUUAGAUAUUUCUAUAUAUUAAAUAAUUAUUUAUAUCUAAUAUAGAAUAUCUUCUUUAAAAAAAAAAAAAACAUUGUACCUAAUCUCUUGCACCGAACGAUAUCGAAAUAAAAUUUUGUAGACUCUUCGAAGAAGAUUAUCUAAAGAAGAAAAAUCUAAUUCUUUUACGUUAAGCUCCAAUUUCAAUGUUUAUUCGUAUGAACGUAAAUCUACUCUGUCAAAAUUUUAGAAUUCAAGAGGAAAUUUUCAAAUUCGUUGGAUAUGAAUGAACAAACUUUCCAAGGUAUGUAAACGUUUGUGUUAUUCGAAUCGAUCGACGUAGCGCUUCGUUUUCUGUAUUACCAUAAAGAUAUAAAGAUAAAGUAUCCGACUCAUGUCUAAGUGGAUGCGAUAUGGGAAAAAAGCAAGAACGCUGCAUAAAAGUAUCUUUUGUCCUUAUCUAAUCAAGCAUGCAUAAUGACGCCACUCAUUGAUCGGUAUUAUAACUUACACAUUUACUGUACGAAUGUGCAUACGUUAUUAGAUAAGGAUACAAGAGGCCCUUAUGCAGCGUUCUCUUUCUACUCCUAUAUCGCUUUCUCAGCUCGCUCAUGCACUCUGUUUUCAUAUCUCUAUGCGUGUUACGGAACAUGCGAUUGUGUCAAGUUUAAAACGCUGCGCACCGUGUUACACAGCGGCACAAUGAAGCGCGUUCUUGUGUUUCUCGAGAAGCAUGAAAGCGACGUGCUACGCAAUAUGCACGGGGACCGCGUAACUGCCGCCUUCAUUCCAUGAAUCGUUCGUGCCACCGGUCGUCAGUGCUGUCAGUCAUGAGAAUGCGUCGUAAUUCAAAAAAAAAGAAGGUAGAAUGAGAAAGAAGAAAAAUAUAACAGAAGAUUAUGUUGCAAUGAGCGAAGAAAAAACGCGCACACGAACACCAGAAACUAGAUGAAACACGCGAAUCGCGCUGUGGACGAAAGUAGAAUAAACGAACGAACGGUCGAGCGUAACUGAAACGUAGGCUAAAUCGGACUAUCUUUGUACAUAAACGUAGUUGAACAGAGACACGUUGUUUCCACGUUGAUCCUCGUAUACUUUCUUCCUUCCUGUUGCGAUUAAUUAGCGAAUUUUUGGAUCGACGGGUUGACAAAGCGAUUAUGCGAUACUUGAACAAGUAAGAGGAGAAAAACGAAGAAAGAAGUUCUUAAAAGAACUUGUAUAGGAUCGUAGAGGGGUAGUAAGACGUAAAAGAUACUUAACACGCGAAAGAGAGUAAAAUAAGGCGGACGAUCGCUUUGAAAUCGCGAACGGUUGCGAUUGAUCGUCUUCGGGCGCGGUUAAUCGAUGAUGAUUCGUACGAAAGAUGAAUGAAAAAAGUAACGAAAACGGGGAAAAAGAGGAAAACGAUGGAUGGCGAAAAAAUAUCGAAAAGAAUAUCGGAGAAAACCGGCUUCUCCGAGCGAUUUAUACAAAAAUUACCACGUUAUUACUACAUAUUGGUCAUUUAUUAUUGUUAUUAUUAUUACGGAUCAUUCCUAUGAUUAUUACGGAUUAUUAUGAUUAUUAUGAUGAAUAACGGUAGUGUUUAAACGGUUUUAACUCUCAAAUACUUUAUUAAGAUCUUUACCAAUAAUUAACUAGCGGGCUGUCGCCGUCUAACUGUUACGUAAAAUGACCAAAAAAUUACUAAGUAAUGUACUAUCUAUUAAUCUAUAUAGGGUGAUUUAGCGACCACGAGUUAAGGGGAAACAGUCUUUUUUAAUGAGCUCUCUCUAUCUCCCAAUUUCUCCAUUUUUCUUACUAUUUAUCAUUGACAGGAGACACACAAGAUGAAGCAAGGUAAAAUCGCUUGUUGUUAUUUCUCGAAAUUGUUAUUAUCGUUCUUAACACGUCAUCGCGCUCAUUUAUCAUAUAAUCGUCGUGUCGUCGAGUCUUUAUACGAAUGAAUUCAGUCUGGUUGCAUCUGUGCCUGAUACAUGGUUGACUCAUACUACUGAAAAUUACGUUUCAGUACUUGUCUCGUCAUGAUUGAUAAAUGAGUCGUAUGGAAGUAGUUUUAUUUAGUCUAAACGAUCAACGUUGAUCAUCGUUAAGCUCUAACAAAUGAACAUUAUUAAUAGAUGGUGCGUUGAACGAAUGGUACAUUGAAAGAGGUUUAUACUAUCGCUCAAUUGCUUACAACGAAUCGAUUUUAUGAACUAGCUUCACAAUAACUUUGUCACUUGUAAUCAAUUUCAGUCAUUUCAUUCUAUCAUCUGUGACUUUAUUGAAUAUUUCUUUACUUACUCUCGUUUUUAACGUAAAAUAAAAACAAUGAAAGGGCCAUUCUGGCUCUCUUAGUCGUUUUGCAUUAUAAAGAUAUCAAAUAAAAUAAAGUUGAAAAAUUGUUAAUAGAAAGAAUAUAAUACAAAGAGAAGUGAACAAAGUUUAAAAUAUUUGGAAACCUUCUACUUUUUUCC